AUGACAGCUAUUAACGAAAAGCAACAAUCACAACAAGAUGCACAAACAGGAGAAUUCGAUUCAAAUGAAUUUAAUCAUCUUUUGGAAAUAACUCAACUGAUUUUGAAUCCAAAUGGUGAACAUCCUGAGAUUGGAGAAUUUGUCACCACAUGCUUCCAUUAUAUCGCCCAGGCUUUAGCAAAAAUGCAAUCAUCGACUGACAAGCAAGCCACCGCCAAGGAGAUUGCCGACGAUCUUACUCAAAGAUUUAAUGAUUGGGUAAAAAGUAGGGAAGAAAAACUAAAACAGGAACAGGAGAUGAAAGAAAAGCUGGUACAAGAACCAACUGAAACUGGCUUCAAGUAA